GUCCGUUCUGACACUUGCCAAGACAACAUAGCCAUUGAGCUGCAUUACAAGGUCGAUAGUAGGACAGUAACACAGAUUUGUUGCCUUAUGCUGGUCCAAAGGUCUUGUUUUGUUAAUUACGAGUUCCUGGCUUUUAGAAACGUCACGGUUCAAUAACAGUAGGGUGCUUUGCACGUCCUAGCCCUACUUUCGCGUAUACUGUGAUAGCAUUUAGCUUGUUUAGCAGUCAUCAUGGCAAUGGUGGGACUGAGAGCUUCUUACCACAGAAUCCUCAACAGGAUUGAGCAUUUGCUGCCGGCUAAGCUGAGACCCAUUUAUAACCAUCCUGCAGGUCCAAAGACUGUAUUCUUUUGGGCACCAAUGUUUAAAUGGGGUCUGGUCAUGGCUGGUUUAGCAGAUCUGACACGUCCAGCCGACAAACUAAGUACCUCGCAGUCUGCUGUACUGACAGCCACAGGUCUCAUUUGGUCCAGGUAUUCCCUGGUUAUUAUUCCCAAGAACUGGAACCUCUUUGCUGUAAACUUCUUUGUUGGAGGGGCAGGAGGCUCACAGCUGUACAGAAUAUGGCAGUAUAAGCGGGAACAGAAGGCAAAACAGAAGGAGACUGCUGCACAAGCUUAAUAGUAGUGCUGCCUAAAGUGCAUUCAGAGGACCCAAAGGGACUCCUCCACUGAUAUCCUAGAAGCUUCAUCAAUCAUCCUAGGAGACUUACAUUUUUAUUCAGAAAACUGUUGUUUUGAGUUCUGACCCCUACAUUGUACUGUGCCAUUAGACCUCAUAGGUUACGAUUGUUAACAACGCACAACGUGUUACUAUUUCGUGUUAGUAUAAUUGUACAUUCUUCAAAAUGCUUUUCUUGUUACAUACUUGAGUUACCAUCAUAAUGUUUUCCAUGAGUGAAUUCCUUAACUCAGCCUAUGACAUAUGGUUAAAUGAAUGUCUCUGAAUAAAUUUUAAGACUCUA